AUGAUGACCUCAGAGAUUGUAAAUGGCAUCAAAGCCACCUCCCUAGCCUCCAUGCCCAAAGUACGCGAACCACUCGGCAAGCCCACACCCUACAUCAUCUCCGCUUACGAAGGCGAAUCCAUGACAAUUCCCGGCACAAAAUCCGUCGUUCGAAUCUUUGCAUCUGCCAAAGAAACAGAGGGCCUCAUGUCCGUCUUUGCCAUGGACGGCGCCGUAGCAGACGCCCCGGGCUUCCACUACCACGAACACGCACACGACGUCUUCCUAUGCACCAAAGGCCACCUCAAAGUCUGGCUCGACAACAAGUGCAAGAUUCUCGGCCCCGGCGACUUUGCAUACGCACCACCGCGUGUAGUCCACCAGCCACAGCUCCUCGACCACGGUAUCAACGAGACAGUUGGCCUCGUCACGCCAGGCCAAUGGGUUGAUUUCUUCCGCUUCGUCAGUGAGGCGUAUGACGGUGUGUUGGCCGAUGAAGACGACGCGCGGAACCCGCUUGAUACCUUUAGACCCAAGUUCCGCGAGAUCAAGGAAAAAUACGACGUCGUGUUCCAACCAGGCUAUGUCGGCGCCGCAGUCUCGGACUUUGCAGAGGACGAUACAAAGCUGCCCGAGACCCAGCAGGCGUACUAUCUCAAAGCGAAUACAGGACCCUGUCACUUGCUCGAGGGCAUCUUGAGUCGGCCGUUCAUCACAACGAGGCAGAGCGCGGGGCCGACGGGGAACUUUGCCGUCACAAGUAUAGAGUCGAGUAACCGGCACCCGUCCAGCAUUCUCAGCAAACCGUUUACCUUUCUCAAGACGCACCAGGUGUACCAUGUGCUAGACGGAGCCAUCUCGCUGAGCGUGCAUGGCGAGCCUGGUGUGCUCGUUACGCAUGGCGAGACGGCUUUCGUUCCGGCGGGGACGCCCAUGUCUAUUGAGUUUGUGGACCGUUAUGUGCGCUUCUGGGCCUAUUCGAGUGGAGAUGGGUUGGAGGCCUUGGUUUCAGAGGGGGGCACCGUGUUCGGGGGGACGAUUGUGCCGGAUCAGGUGGGGGAAGUCGAUGUGGAGAGAGUGCGUAGGGCGGCGGAGAGGCUACAUGUGAAGCUUAGUGUAUAG